AAAUUGCAUCACCAAAUUUUUUGUUUUGUUUUUGUUUUUGUUUUUGUUUUUGUUUUUUGUUUUUGUUUAUUAAUCCAUUUAAAAAACAUAGAUAUAGGUUUUCCUCUUCUGAUUUAAAAUAUCGUUGGUGUUUGUGGCAGCAAAUGGAGCUCCGCGCCUUGAACCCUCCAUUCUCUAUCGGAAAUGUAUUCUGUCCAAUUACGUCUCAUAUAUGUUGGUUGAGGAAGCAUUACAUCCAUGGGAAUGGAUAUGUGGAGAAAAAUGUGAAGCCUAUACGAGCAAAAAGGAGUUAUGUUUGCUGUUCUAAUAAUCCACAAAUCAAUCAUUUUUCACCUUCUGAAACAGAGCUGCUCAAUGGCAAAGUCAUAUACUCAGUCGCUGCUGCCAUGGGCCAUAACAAGGAGGCACACCCUGAAUGUAAUUCUAGAGUUCCUGCAAUCAUCGAUGCUCUUGAAAGGAUGAAGCUGACUACAGAGUUCCGGGGCAUGGAGAUCAUCGAACUUGAAAAAUUCAAACCAGCUAAAGUUGAAGAUAUAGCGAGUGUCCAUGAAGGAGCUUAUGUAUCAGGACUUGAAAAGGCAAUGAACCAGGCUUCGGAGCAAGGCUUAAUUCUUAUCGAAGGCUCUGGUCCUACUUAUGCUACUUCCACGACCUUCCAGGAGUCACUGUUGGCAGCUGGAGCAGGAAUUUCAUUGGUGGAUGCAGUGGUAGCAGCAUCUAAGAUUAGGAAAGAUCCUCCAGUUGGUUUUGCUUUAGUACGACCACCAGGCCAUCAUGCCGUUCCAACAGGACCCAUGGGAUUUUGUGUCUUUGGUAAUGUAGCUAUUGCUGCUCGCUAUGCUCAACGCACCCAUGGAUUGAAGCGGGUGUUCAUAAUUGAUUUUGAUGUGCACCAUGGGAAUGGAACCAAUGAUGCCUUCUAUGAUGACCCUGAUGUAUAUUUCCUCUCCACUCACCAGGAUGGGAGCUAUCCUGGAACUGGCAGAAUAAAUCAGAUUGGUAGAGGGGAUGGUGAAGGAGCGACCCUCAAUCUGCCUUUGCCAGGAGGAUCAGGCGACAGAGCCAUAAGAGACGUCUUUGUUGAAGUGAUCGCACCAUGUGCUCAGAGGUUCAAGCCCGAUAUAAUCCUCGUUUCAGCAGGAUACGAUGCGCAUGUGUUGGACCCACUAGCGAACCUGCAGUUCACAACCGCCACGUAUUACAUGCUAGCUUCAAACAUUCAGCAACUCGCGAGAGAUUUGUGUGGUGGCCGAUGUGUCUUCUUCCUGGAAGGAGGUUACAACCUCACUUCUCUUUCGAAUUCUGUUGCAGACUCGUUUCGUGCAUUUCUCGGGGAGCCUAGCCUGGCUGCAGAGUUCGAUGACCCUGCAUUCUUAUACGAAGAACCAUCUAGAAAGGUGAAGGAAGCUAUUCAGAGAGUUAAGCACAUCCACUCUCUCUGAAAUUUGGUUUGUUGAUAUUUUUAAUUUUUGUGUUAUCAUAAUUAGUUCUACUUGUAUAGUUGAAUAUGUGAAGCAAUAAGUAAAAAUAAUAAUGUUAUGUGUUUGGAUCACACGAAUUCGAGGAUACAUUUAGUAUUUAAUAUCUUUUGUGAUUAUUUGAGGAAAAUUUACACA